UACAUUUUCCUCCUACAAAGUCAGGCAUUACUUUCAUAUUUUAUAAAAUGCCAAAAAAUAAUAACAGAAUUAGCCUUAAAACAUAGAAUUAGGCUCCUGGAGGCUAUGUUUUGUUUUUCCUUUUGAAAUUGAUUGCAAUAGUUAAGAGAAAUAUAUAAUGGUUGAGAAUAUGAAGAGAAGCAACUUUGAAGUGUUGGGAAUGUGUUGUGCUUCAGAAGCAACACUUGUUGAAAGAAUUUUGAAGCCUCUUCAUGGAGUCAAAGUUGUCUCAGUCAUUGUUCCUACAAGAACUGUUACUGUGGUGCAUGAUGUUCUUCUUAUCUCAGAAUCACAAAUAGCUGAUGCACUAAAUACAGCAAGACUUGAAGCUAGUUUUAGACCACAAGGAGAGACCAAUAAUGAAAAGAAAUGGCCUGACAUAGUUACAAUGGCAUGUGGCUUGUUACUUGCACUUUCUUUUUUGAAGUAUAUAUAUCCUCCUUUAGGAUGGUUGGCUCUUGGUUCUGUUGCCAUUGGAUUCCCUAAAGUUCUAUUAAGGGCUAUAGCUUCCAUUAGAGCUCUUACUCUUAAUAUCAACAUUUUGGUUAUCUUGGCAGUAUGUGGUACUGCUGCUAUACAAGAUUUUACAGAUGGUGGAGUCAUCAUCUUUCUGUUCUCCAUUGCUCAGUGGCUUGAGACAAGAGCAACUCACAAGGCAAUGGUUGCAAUGUCUUCUUUAACAAACAUGGCUCCUCAAAUGGCUAUUGUUGCUGAGACCGGCGAACGUGUUGAUGUCAAUGAUGUUAAGAUCAACACCAUCCUUUCAGUUAAGGCUGGUGAGGCUAUACCACUUGAUGGAGUUGUGGUGGACGGAAAAUGUGAAGUUGAUGAAAAAAUGUUAACAGGAGAGUCAUUUCCUGUCACCAAAGAAUUAGAUUCUCUUGUUUGGGCUGGAACUAUUAAUAUGAAUGGAUAUAUAAGUGUAAGAACUACAGUGUUGGCAAAAGACACAAUGGUGGCUGGAAUGUCAAGACUAGUUGAAGAAGCUUCUAGCAGAAAAUCACAAGCACAAAGAUUCAUAGAUAACUUUGCAAAGUACUAUAUACCUGUGGUUGUGUUGAUUUCAGCUAGCAUUGCAGUGGUUCCAGCAGCAUUAAGAGUUCCUGAUAUUGAGCCUUGGUUUCAUUUAGCACUUGUGGUUUUAUUGAGUGGAUGCCCUUGUGCUCUUAUCCUCUCCACACCUGUUGCAAUAUUUUGUGCUCUCACAAAAGCUGCAAUAAGUGGAUUAUUGUUGAAAGGUGGAGAUUAUCUUGAAACACUUUCAAGAAUUAAGACAGUGGCUUUUGAUAAAACAGGCACCAUUACAAGAGGAGAGUUCAUUGUAACAGAUUUUAGUGCUGCAGAUGACAUCAACAAUGAAACAUUAUUGUACUGGAUUUCAAGUAUUGAGAGUAAAUCAAGUCAUCCAUUGGCAGGUGCCUUAGUGCAAUAUGCAAUGUUGCAUUCUAUCAAACCAGUCCCAGAAAAUGUGGAGAAUUUUCAAAAUUUUCCAGGGGAAGGAAUUUCUGGUACAAUUGAUGGUAGGGAUAUCUAUAUAGGCAAUAAGAGAAUUGGUGUCAGAGCUGGCAGCAAAAAAGAUGAUUGUGAUGUACAAUUUCAAAGAGAUGAAAUUUCCUCCAAGAAACAAUACUGUGGAGAAACUCAGGUUGGAGUUUUCAGCCUAGUUGAUGCUUGUAGAUCAGGUGCUUUAGAGGCAAUGGAAGAGUUAACGUUAUUAGGUGUGAGAUCAGUCAUGUUGACAGGAGAUAGCUCACAGGUUGCUAUGUAUGUUCAGAGUCAGCUAAACAAUGCUAUAGACAUUGUUCAUGCAGAGCUUCUACCUCAUGAAAAGGCACAAAUCAUUGAGAAUUUCAAGAAAGAAGGGCCAAUAGCCAUGAUAGGAGAUGGCAUUAAUGAUGCACCUGCAUUAGCUACAGCAGACAUAGGCAUCUCAAUGGGACUUUCUGGUACAGCUCUUGCAAACGAGACAAGUAACGCAAUUCUCAUGUCAAAUGACAUCCGAAAAGUACCCGAAGCAAUUCGUUUAGCGAGAAAAACAACUCGAAAGCUUAUAGAAAAUGUCAUUAUUUCGGUUGGAUUCAAAUGUGCCAUACUUGCAUUGGCAAUUGCAGGAUAUCCAUUGGUUUGGCUUGCUGUUUUGACUGAUGUUGGAACUUGUUUACUUGUGAUUCUCAAUAGUAUGUUGAUUUUACAACAAAAUCACAAAUAUGAUGAAAGAGAAUCAACAAAGUCUAAAUAUGGUGAUUUUUUUAAAGAUAAGACCAAACCAUUACUUAACAAGCAAAGUAAUGUUGAUGAGGAAAAAGGGCUUAUUGGUAGUGAAGAGUGUGGUAAAGGGUGUUGUAAAAAUGUCACACAUCAUGUGGAAACUACAACAUCAAGCAAAGAUGAAUCUUUUGGAGUUUCAAAGUUGAGAUUACUCAAGGGAAAUGAUAAUGGAAACUUUAUGUUCGUUGAAGUUCAUGUUGUGAAACCUUGCAAUGAUUUUGUUUAGAAAUAAUCAAAAUGUGGGACGAGUCAUAUUGGGUAAGGUUUAGGGACAAUCUUGUAAAUUGAACCGUAGUAUUUAAACCAACGUUGUAAUAUAUCAUCCAAAAUUUGAAAAAUAAAAAAUGAUGGCGGUCACUCUAGAGUCGGAGGUUUUGAA